AUGAACAGACUACUUCGUCUUCAAAUCAUGAUCCCGGAGUUGUUCCUGUAUAAUGAGACUCACCAAGGCCUCAACAAUCAAAACGUACAUGCUGUUGGAGCCUAUUUCGACCAACAUGAUCCCGAAGGACUACAACAAGUUGUCCCGCUUCUCAACGAGGCUGCUGCCAACCAAGACGUUGUGGUCAUUGAUUCAAUGGCAUCGUUAGUCGACCUGUACACCAUGGACUCCCGCGGGCUCCACGAAAUUUGCGACUUGGCUACACCUUUCUUCCAACUUCUUGCCCAUCCACGCAUUUCGAUGGAGGUCAAGUUAUUGAUUAACAGACUCAAAGGAGUAUUAUUGACUCGUGAUGCAGCGAUUCUUCAGUUGAUAAUUCAGGUUUACGAGAAUAUUGCCGAGGGCGAUCAAGAGGCUGAGGAAGCCGACGAGCGAGUGAAAGCGUUGCUGGCUGAACGCUUCGGGAAUGACAUUUAAUUAACAAAAAUUUGCAAAUACUAUUAUUUUACUUCUUUUGGAAUGUACUGUAAAUUUAUCUGGAUUAUUUUAACGAUAAA